AUGGAUGAUUCGAAGGCGGAAGUCCAAGACCCUUUGUUAGAAAUCAACUUAGGGACGGAAGACAACCAUCGACCAAUCUACAUCAGUGGUCUAAUGGAGCCAGAACUUCGGGCCAAGAUGGAAGAGAUUUUGAGAGAGUUCAAGGAUUGCUUCGCUUGGGAUUACACCGAGAUGCCCGGAUUGAGUCGUGACUUAGUCGAGCAUCGCCUACCAACGGUGGAAGAUUUCAAGCCCUUCAAGCAGCCGCCCCGCCGGAUGUCGGCGGAAGUAGAAUUACAGGUUAAGGAAGAAAUUGUAAGGCUUGUAAAAGCCAAAUUUAUUAGGCCAACUAGAUAUGUAGAAUGGCUUUCAAAUAUUGUACCUGUAAAGAAAAAAACGGGAGCAAUAAGAAUAUGUGUUGAUUUUCGUAAUCUUAAUCUUGCAACUCCCAAAGAUGAAUAUCCCAUGCCCAUGGCCGACCUCUUAGUCGAUGGGGCGGCCAAGCAUGAAAUUUUAUCAUUCAUGGAUGGGCACUCCGGCUAUAACCAAAUUUUUAUAGCCGAGGAGGAUGUCCACAAGACAGCCUUCAGGUGCCCCGGAUCCAUUGGAACUUUUGAGUAUGUGGUGAUGCCCUUCGGCCUAAAAAAUGCCGGGGCCACAUAUCAGCGGGCAAUGAACGCUAUUUUCCAUGACAUGAUCGGUCGAAAUUUAGAAGUUUACAUCGACGAUGUUGUUAUAAAAUCGGAGUCUAGACUAGGCCACUUGGAUGACCUCCGGUCGGCCUUUGAAAGAAUGCGACGGCAUCAAUUGAAAAUGAACCCAAAAAAGUGUGCUUUUGGGGUAUCCGCCGGGAAUUUCUUAGGAUUCUUGGUGCACCAAAGGGGGAUUGAGAUUGAUAAAAAUAAGGCGAAGGCUAUCAUUAACGCACCCCCUCCAAAAAACAAGAAAGGUGUGCAAAGUUUAUUGGGCCAAAUUAACUUCUUCGAAGAUGAAGAGAAAUUUCGGUGGGAAGAAACUCACCAAAGGGCAUUUGACACCAUUAAAGAAUAUUUGGCCAAGCCUCCGGUGCUCAUUCCACCAAAGCGGGGCCGACCCUUGAAAUUAUAUAUUUCGGCCGCGGAAAACUCCAUCGGAAGUCUACUAGCCCAAGACAAUGAUGAGAAGAAAGAGCAAGCGGUAUACUACCUCAGCCGAAUUCUAACGGCCACCAAGAGGAAAUAUUCUCCGGUGGAAAAACUUUGCUUGGCCUUGUAUUUUACUGCGACCAAGUUAAGGCAUUACAUGUUGCCCUCCGUGGUGCAUAUAAUCGCCAAGACUGAUUUGAUAAAAUAUAUGCUCACUCGCCCAAUCAUUAGAGGGCGAAUAGGAAAAUGGACAAUGGCAUUGGCGGAAUUCACUUUCCGAUAUGUGCCCCAGCAGGCCGUUAAAGGGCAAGCUUUGGCCGAUUUCUUGGCGGCCCACCCUUGUGUUGAAAUAGAGGAGAUGGAUUUCCUCGAGGUGGGCACAUUGAGUUUAUUUCCAUGGCGCCUUUAUUUUGACGGGUCUCGAACAUUUAACAUGGGCGGGGCGGGUGUCAUCAUUGAAACGCCCAAAGGAUUCCGAACUCGUUAUUCUUUUCAAUUGGACUUUGAUUGUACCAACAAUCAGGCCGAAUAUGAGGCCCUGAUCAUAGGGUUGGAAAUUUUGAAAGAGCUUGGGGUAAAAAGUGUGGCGGUCAUGGGAGACUCAAUGUUAGUCUUAAAACAAUUGUCUGGCGACUACAAGGUGACUAGCCAAGCUUUGCUUGGAUAUCAUGCGUUGGCCAGCCAAUUAAUGGAAGAUUUCGAUGAUGUGAGACUCGCCCACUUACCGAGAGAACAUAACACUCAGGCCAACGCCAAGGCCCAAUUAGCAUCCGGAGUGGAGAUCUCUGAAGGGCUCUUUGAGGAGCUUUUUAAAGUUGAGAAGAGGUCUCUCCCCUCCGUCUUUGAAAGAGGGGUUCCAGCAGAAGUUAUGGUGUUAACCAUAGCACCGGAGGAUUGGAGGCACGACAUUGUGCAGUGUUUGAAAAAUCCAAAUGGGUCACAUAGCCAACAAAUUCGGCGGAGGGCCCAAUAUUAUGUGAUAAGGGAUGAAGUAUUGUUCCGCAUAGGUUCCGAUAACUUGCUCAUGAAAUGUUUGGGCAAAAAGGAACAACUCGUAGCAAUGACCGAGGUCCACGAGGGGAUAUGCGGUGCUCAUCAAGCUGGCAUCAAGAUGAGGUGGCUUUUAAGAAGGCACGGUUAUUAUUGGCCGACUAUCCUCAAAGAUUGCAUUGAAUAUGCCAAGGGUUGCAAAGACUGUCAAAGGCAUGGGCCGAUCCAACAUGUCCCGGCCGGACCAAUGAAUCCCAUUGUCAAGGCUUGGCCUUUCAAAGGUUGGGCAAUGGAUGUGAUUGGCCAAAUAUACCCAAAGUCAUCUAAGGGCCAUAAGUAUAUAUUAGUGGCCACCGAUUUUUUCACAAAGUGGGUGGAGGCCGUCCCACUCAAGCAAGUUACUCAAGUCGAGGUGAUAGAAUUCAUUGAGAAGAAUAUCAUCCAUCGAUUUGGCUUGCCCGAGUCCAUCAUGACUGACCGAGGAACGGCGUUCAUGGGCGAGGCUGUUCAAGCCGCCGCGAGAAAUUGGGGAAUUAGGAUGGUUCAAUCCACCCCAUACAAUCCCCAAUCAAAUGGCCAAGCGGAGGCUAGUAAUAAGGUGAUAAAAGGGAUUUUGGAAAAAAUGAUUGAUAAAAAUCCCAAGGAAUGGCACUCUCUUCUUUCCAACUCUCUAUGGGCGUAUAGAACCUAG